AUGGAAUUAAAUACUUCAAGAUCGAAGAAAAACUGUAAGUUAGCUCCAAAUCUCCCGUUACCUAUAAUUUUGAAAAAAGACGGAAGUAUUUGUAAGAUAAAAGGGACUUUUAAUGGAAUAUCAGUGAGCGUAGAUCAAUUAGAAAACAUGAAAAAUAUUGUUGCAAUGGGAUAUUACGGAAAGGGAAUAUUUUCUAGGAAUUAUCCACUCUUCAGUGUAGACAAAGUGAGCAUUUUAAGAAAUCGGCAGUAUGAACGGAGAGUUAAAUUGAGUAAUAAAAAAGCUGUACAUCCUCAGAAAGUUAUAUCAGUUCCUGAUUCAGAUGAUGAAUACGAUUCAUAUUUUACAAAUCUCAAACCAAAUUACCAAAUAGAUCGAUCCGGAAUCAACGAGAUCGUUUGUUUAAGCUUGGAAGAAGCGUUUUUUCUUUCGAAUCUAGACAUUCUUGAAAUUUAUAAGGAAUCUAGUUUAAUAAAUUUGGAUGAAUUAUGGAAGGCGUUUGCAGAAUGUGACCCUCAUUUUACUAUAAAUUAUGCCGUUUAUACUUAUUUCAAGACUAAAAAUUGGGUAGUUAAACCAGGUAUUAAAUUUGGCGGUGAUUUCCUAUUAUAUGAACGUGGUCCCCCUUUCUGUCAUGCAUCAUACGUUGUUAUUUUGGAUAUAUUGAAUAAGGAUAUGGAAAGGAAUAUGGAAUUGUCACGACGUUCUGUUGAUAACAUGUCUUUGUUAUACUUAAAUCGAUUAUGUGAAACAACUGGAAAGGAACUAAUGAUUUGUCAAGUAAUUUUAAAUCAAUGGCCGAUACCGGAUCACGAUAGCAUACGAGAUAUUGUAAUAAAAGAGAUUUUAAUAAAUAGAGAACAUACGAAAAAAUAAACAUUAGUUUUACUUACGUGUUA